AUGCUUUUACCUCUGCUGGCGAGUCUGGCCCUGCUCCAUCCCGCCGUGGGCAGGCAGACCUACCUGAGAUCAGAGGCCGAUGCAUACCAGCACUCACCAGACGUGCUUCCGUCGCCACAAAUCAGCGGGCAGAAUGAAUGGGCAGAUGCUUUUGUCAAGGCCAAGGCCAUGGUCGACCAGAUGACACUGGAGGAAAAAGUAAACACGCGGAGCUCUCUCACACUAUUGAACUGUACUGACACAGUCCAGGUCACCCUGACUGGCGGCGUGGAUCUCAAGUCGGGCUGCUCGGGCACGAUUGCUGGUAUCCCCCGGCUCAAGUUCCCCGGCCUGUGCUUGAAUGACGCCGGCAACGGCGUCCGCGCAACCGACAACGUCAGCGGUUUUGCCAGCGGCAUCGGCGUCGGCGCGAGCUGGAACAAGGAUCUCGCGCGCAAGCGUGGCGCGGCCCUCGGAGGCGAGAACCGACGCAAGGGCGUCAACGUCAUGCUGGGACCUGUCGUUGGUCCUGCCUGGACCGUUGUCAAAGGAGGCCGCAACUGGGAAGGCUCCUCGGCCGAUCCGUACCUCUCCGGUGUUCUGUCGGCCGAGACUGUCCGAGGCGUGCAGAGCCAAAACGUGAUGACGAGUGUCAAGGUAUGUUGGCAGGCCCUUGCGGUCACUUGGGAGGAUGGCGCGCUGACACUUCUGCAGCAUUAUAUCGGCAAUGAGCAAGAGCUCUACCGCGCGCCUGAGGGUGAUAUCGCGGCUGUCUCGUCCAACAUCGAUGACAAGACGAUGCAUGAGCUAUAUCUCUGGCCCUUUGUCGACUUGGUCAAGGCCGGAGCCGCCAACGUCAUGUGCUCGUAUAACCGACUCAACCAGACGUAUGCCUGCGGAAACAGCAAGACGCUGAAUGGACUUCUCAAGACGGAGCUUGGCUUUCAGGGAUUUGUGGUUUCGGACUGGGGAGCGCAGCACUCAUUCAGCGAUGCUCCCAACGGACUUGACAUGGGCAUGCCCAACUCGGAUCCCUUCUGGGGCGCAAACCUCGUCAACGCCGUCAAGAACGGAACCUUGGCCGAGUCGCGCGUAACGGACAUGGCCAUGAGAAUCAUUGCAUCUUGGUACCAGCUCAAGCAGGACGACCCCAGCUUCCCCGAGCCCGGCAUCGGCAUGCCUGGCAACCUCAGCGCGCCGCACCGCAUUAUCGAGGGCCGCGAUCCCGCCGACCUGCCCGUCAUCCUCCAGGGUGCCAUUGAGAGCCACGUGCUCGUCAAGAACGACCACAACACGCUGCCCCUCAAAGCGCCCAAGCUUGUUUCCGUGUUUGGCUACUCGGCUAAUACGCCACCAGCCUGGACGGCCGCGACCGACGCCGACGGCACGUGGCGCUACGGCCUCGCCCCCGUUCUCGGGCUGGACGCAGCCACGAGCCCCAUCGGUGGCCGUGGCACCAUGUUUGGCGGAGGCGGCUCCGGCGCCAUUACGCCGCAGACGCACGUCUCGCCGCAAGAUGCCCUCGUCGCGCGUGCCGCCAAGGACGGCUUCACGCUCCGGCAGGACCUCACUUCGGCAACGCCCACUACCACUGUGGACCCGGCUUCGGACGUCUGCCUCGUGUUUGGCAACGCGUGGGCGCGCGAGGGCAACGACCGGCCGCAGCUCGAGGACGCAUACACAGAUAGUCUGGUGCGCGCGGUGGCGGACCGGUGCGCGCGGACCGUUGUCGUGCUGCACAAUGCCGGCCCGCGGCUCGUCGGCGGUUUUGCGGACGACCCCAACGUCACGGCCAUCCUGUUUGCGCACCUCCCCGGGCAGCAGGCGGGCGAUGCCGUCGUGGCCCUACUCUGGGGCGAUGCCAACCCGUCGGGCAAGCUGCCGUACACGGUGGCGCGGAGCGCGGCCGACUACGGGCCGCUGCUUGACCCUCAGGCCCAAGGCGGCAAGUCGCCGCAGGCCUACUUUCCGCAGGGCGUCUACACCGACUACAAGUACUUUGAGCGGGCGCACGUCGCGCCGCAGUACGAGUUUGGUUUCGGCCUGAGCUACACCCGCUUCGACUACGCCGACAUGGUGGUGCGGCGGGCCGCGGCGCCGGCCGCCGAGUACCCGAGCGGCGGGGUUGUGAGCGGCGGGCCGAGCGACCUCUGGGACGUGGUCGCGACGGUCAAGUGCACGCUCGUCAAUGGCGGCAAGGUGGCUGGCGCCGAGGCGGUGCAGCUGUACGUGCGCUUCCCGGGCAUGCAGGCCAAACAGCUGCGCGGCUUUGAGAAGCCGGUGCUGCGGCCGGGCGAGUCGACCGAGGUGUCGUUUGAGUUAACGAGGAGGGACCUGAGCGUCUGGAACACGGACGUACAGAAGUGGCAGCUGCAGAGAGGCAGCUAUCAGGUAUACAUUGGACGGAGUAGUAGUAAGCUGCCUCUCAUGGCGCACUUGACUGUUUAG